CUCGUCGUACCCGCCGAGAACCCGUCGCCGCCGCCGACGACGACAGCAGCAAGCAGCAGCAGCAGCAGUCAUGGCCGCCACCUGACCGCAACCCCACUGCGCGCGCGUACGGUACAGUGGAAGAAAAACGCGAGAAAAUCGGCUCGGCAUUUUUUUUUUUCUACCAUUUUAGAUUUUCCGUUUAUCUCUGUAUCUCUCCCUCACCCCCUCCCAUUCACUCUCUCUGUGGUUCGGGACGCGAUUUUUCCGAAAACGAAUAUUACUCCGUCCACCGACGCCGACACAACAUCGUCGCUCAGUAUCGUCUGCUUACGCGUGUGCAACUGUUCGUCGUCGUCGUUCGUCGCGUGAAAUCGGUUCGCACUUCGUUCAGAUCUCCUCUCGGCACACACUCUCGCUGCACCGGAUAUAUGGAUUAACCGCGCGUGUAUAAUAAUAAACGUGAAUUUUCUGAGCGUUUUUGCCAUCAAUUGUUGUGAUCAAAAUUUGAUACACGUGGCAAGCUAGUAUUAAAAAUUAUUUACAUGAAUCAUAGUGAACAUGUCACAAAACAAUGGACAAUCCCAGAGGUUUUGCCUCCGAUGGAACAACCAUCAAUCCAACUUACUUGCUGUUUUCGAUCAACUAUUGACGAGCGAGGCAUUUGUAGAUGUAACAUUAGCUGUCGAAGGUCAAAUGCUUCGUGCUCACAAAAUGGUUCUUUCAGCAUGCAGUCCUUACUUUCAGACACUUUUUGUUGGACACCCUGAUAGACAUCCAAUUGUAAUACUCAAAGAUGUUCCACUAGUUGACAUGAGAUCUUUAUUGGAUUUCAUGUACAGGGGAGAGGUUAGUGUUGAUCAAGAUAGAUUGUCAGCUUUCCUUAAAGUUGCAGAAUCAUUGCGAAUAAAAGGUUUGACUGAGGUCAAUGAAGAUCGUGGUGACCUACCCUCGUUAGCUUCUUCUCUUCUUCAGUCUCACUCAUCAUCUCCGUCCUCGUCACCGGUACACAACAACCAAAUGGCUCAUGUGCCUCAACUUCAACGCAUACAUAACCAUAGUCCUCUACCUUUGAAAAGGCCAAUGCCAUCUCAUCCGCUUCACGAUCAACAGCGUCAACAUUUGUCAUACCCUAUGAACCCUCUAUUAGGAUCUGCUCUGACUGCACCAAAAAGGAAACGUGGACGCCCCAGGAAAUUAUCUACAGGAAGUAACUCACCUUCACGACCAAAUGACAAUAAUAAUGAUGAUAGUAGAGCAUCUACACCAGUUGGUACAAGCGCAGGAAGUGGUCGUGAACCACCAGAUUUAUUGGAGUUGAACAUGUCUGAAGAAUCGGAAUCUGCUGCACCUGCCCCUAGACAUUUGGAUUCUCCAAGCCAAGAUGAUAUAGCUGAUCACGAAGAUAUGGAAGAAGAGUAUACAGAAAAUGGAAUGGAAAUAAAACAAGAGCCUAUCGACCCAGUUCCAGGAACAUCCCAAGAUUUAAGUACGAUGAAAAAAGAAUAUGACACUCAUUCUAGUAUGCAGUUAGACCAAAGCGCAUGUGACAUGCACAACGCGAACAUGUUAAAGUUGUUGUCUUCGAGGACUGCAGACCACGAACACCACCAUCACCUCCACCAGGCAGCGGACGGCGGCGACCGUGACAACAACAACGACGCUCGUCUGACGCUGGCGGCCAGCUGGUCUGUGCUCGAUCAAAAGUCCAAGUUCUCGCUGGCCGUGUCCCAGCACACGUCCGGUUACAAGCAGCAGCUGCAGGCGGCCCUCGACGAGGAGAAGCGGCAAAUGCAAGAGUCUCAGCAACUACACCACCAGCAGCAACAGCAGCAGCACCACCAGCAGCAGCAGCAGCAACAGCACCAACAGCAACAGGCGGCUGCGGCGGCGGCCGCCGCGUCUCUGAGGACGCCCGUCAAACGGCGCAUCCGGAGGCGGGCCACGUCGUCCAGCGACCCAGCGGAACAACUGACCGAGAUGUCGGUCCGCGGCCUGAACCUGUUCCGGUACGCCACCGUGUCCGAGGGCAUCUACAAGUGUCUGGAAUGCGCCAAGACGGACAUACUGAAGACGUUCAAGAACAAGUACAGCUUCCAGCGGCACGCGUUCCUGUACCACGAGGGCCACCAGCGCAAGGUGUUCCCGUGCCCGGUGUGCGCCAAGGAGUUCUCGCGGCCCGACAAGAUGAAGAACCACAUGAAGACCGUGCACGAGUGCUACAUGCCAAAGGCCAUCGACUUCCCGCAGGUGCCGUUCCUAUUGCCGCCAUGAGAUUGUCGUCGCGCGGCGUCACCGUUGCCUGUGUGAGUAGUUACACACACAAGCACAGCACACACACACACACACGUCUGCGGUGGCGAGUGCCAAUUGGGGGGAGGGGGGAGAGAGACCUACGCUACCACCGUUAUAGCCCUGCUGCUGCUGGUUGGUAUAUAUUAUAUUUUUUAAUAUCAUAUUAAAUUUCUAUCGGACACGUUUUUUUUCUCCGCAAAGGUUUAGCAUUUAUUAUGAAAAAAAAAAAGCGUCAUGAUAUUGUACACGUUUUUUUUAUUAUCAUUAUUAUUACUAUUAUCAUAUUUUUAUUUAAUUUUUUUUUUUUUUGUUUCAUCGUGUCUUCCGGAUAAUGUUGAACUUUAUAGUAUAUAUUUUUCUUAUAUAAAUUACACUCCCGGUUAGGGCUUCUAUAAAUUUGACAAAAAAGCAAAAAACAUAUUCGUUAAACAUAUAUUAUAUUACAAAACAGUGAGUCUAUUUUUUUCCUCAAACAACCGCUCCGACUCGUCGAUGUGUGUUUUAUUUGACGUUAAGUGUCUGUUUUUAUCGGCUACGGUUAUUGUUUGAAAUUUUUUUUAUCGUAUAUACCUCUAACGUUCGCUCUAUUUUUACACGUUUUUCGAGUAUGCGCGUUAAUAUUAUUACCAAAUUAAUUUUUUUUCAUGUUUUUUGAUAUUUAUUACGUAUGACAUAAUCCAAAUAAAACGCAUUAUAAACGCAUUCGAUUAUUAUUUCAACUGUAAAAAGUGGUACAUCGAAAAUUGCAAUUUGAGACACAUUCGGCGAUCGAAACGAUUUCCUCGGAAAUUAUCAUUUCACCCUUGUUCGGCGAACGAGUGAAACGACAAUCACAUUUUAUACUUACAGCAAUAACAAUUUACGUACAUAUAUAUUUUUAAUACGUCCUAAGAAGUUGAAAAACAUAGCAGCGCCUGGUGCUUUUUUAAUUUUGAUUAGUUGUUUAUUAUUUGUUUUGAGCUGGUUAUAGGGUGGUAUUGUGCAAUAUAAUUCCAAAAAUAAAUAUAUAUUUUUUUUAAAAACCGUAUAGUUCAUUGUUUUACCAAAAUAUAUAUUUUACAAUAUUUUAUUCGAUUACUUUUAUUUAUACAUUGCUGUCUGCAAAAAUCAUUAAUUAUACACAAUCAAUUCAAAAAACGUUCGACUGAAUUAGAGUUUGACGAUUAUUUUACGGUUUUUUUUUUUUUUAACCAAAUAAGGCCAGUUAGUUAUUGAGACUGAAUACUAUAAUGAAUAAAAAAAAAAAA